AAAUUUCUAGAUUGACUCAUUGACACAUAAGCCUAAUAACAUGUUUUCCGAUAUACAACCCUCAACGGCCACCUUGAAGUCAAUCGUCGAAGCUCAAGUCCCAGACGGAAAGCGAAAAUUGUACCCGCUCUACAAGUAUGUCAGUGUAGACGACCUUACAGUCCAUGUGACGUAUCUUAAGUUAGCUUCCUUGAACAACCCAAACAGAUCUCCUUCAUUUCUUUUGGAGUCCUCGGCUCAUGGAGACAAAGUCGACAGAUAUUCAUUUAUUGGUAUCAACCCUAAGAAAGUCAUCAGAACCGGUGAUGACGAGACCAUUGACCCCCAGUUCCGCAAUGUCGACCCCAUCACCGUCUUGGAGGCUGAGUUGAAUAAGUACCACCAGGUCAGCUUGCCCGGAUUGCCCAAGUUGAGCGGAGGGGCCAUUGGAUACAUUUCGUAUGAUUGUAUCAAAUACUUUGAGCCAAAGACUCGUAGAGACUUGAAAGAUGUGUUACAAGUACCUGAAGCGGUGUUAAUGUUGAGCGACACAAUAGUGGUGUUUGACCAUGUGUUCCAGAGGUUCCAAAUCAUCCAUAACGUGGAAAUCGACCUGGUGGACCAGGUGGAUGCAAAGAUCGAAGAAGCCAAAAAUGAGUUGGAUGCCAUCGAAAAACUCAUCAAAGCAGACCUUCCAGCCGACCAGUAUAACCCUCACCAGCCCCCUAUAAAGCAAGGUCAGCACUUCACCUCCAAUAUUGGUAAAGAAGGAUAUGAAGGUCAUGUGACUCAUUUGAAAGAAAGAAUCUUAAAGGGUGACAUUUUCCAGGCAGUUCCCUCUCAGAGAGUUGCCAGACCGACAUCUUUGCACCCAUUCAACAUAUACCGUCAUUUGCGUACCGUCAACCCUUCGCCAUACUUGUUCUACAUAGACUUGAUCGACUUUCAGAUUAUUGGAGCAUCUCCCGAGUUGUUGGUCAAAUCAGAUGAAAACGGCAAGAUUAUUACCCAUCCAAUUGCUGGUACUAUUCACAGAGGAAAAACCAAAGAAGAGGAUGAGGAGAACGCCAGUAUUUUGAGAGCCAGCUUGAAGGACAGAGCAGAACACAUCAUGUUGGUAGACUUAGCCAGAAACGAUGUCAACAGAGUGUGUACUCCUGAACUGAACAGUGUUGAUAGGCUUUUGACCAUUGAAAGAUUCUCUCAUGUAAUGCACUUGGUUUCCGAGGUUAGCGGGACGUUAAGAGAAGAUAAAACCAGAUUCGAUGCGUUCAGGUCCAUUUUCCCUGCUGGUACCGUCAGUGGAGCUCCAAAGGUGAGGGCUAUGGAAUUGAUUGGAGAAUUAGAAAAGGAAAAGAGAGGGGUGUAUGCUGGAGCGGUGGGCCAGUGGAGUUAUGAUGGGAAAAACAUGGACACUUGUAUUGCGUUAAGAACAAUGGUCUAUAAGAACGGGGUGGCAUACUUACAGGCUGGUGGAGGUAUUGUGUUUGACAGUGACGAGUAUGAUGAGUACAUCGAAACCAUGAACAAGAUGAAUGCCAACAACAAUACUAUUGUGGAGGCAGAGCAGAUUUGGGCCGAAAAGGUUGGUACCGACUAGUGUAUAUAUUCAUUUGUAAUAGAGACUGUUAAAGCUUGUACAUGGCAUCUAAAAACGCUUCAAUGAUUUUAUCAGCAACCCCAACUGUCUGUACACUUCCUGCUACACCGUACAAUGCAGCAGUGUCUGACUCAGCUGAACUUUCGUCUUCCGCCGUGAGCUUGGUACAUUCGGUUAAAUCAUUGAUCAAUUCGUCAAUAAUGGGGAUGGUAAGCCUUGUCAUGGCAAAGUGCAAGGCGGCUGGGUGUUGUAAAGUUGCAAAAUGCCAUCCUUUGGACGUCAACAUGUCACCGAGCUUGUAGAUACUGAAAUUCUUGUUUCUAGCCUUGAAUGCUACAACUGAAGCAAGUGGAUUUCCUAUCACCACCAAAUUCUCCUUGAGAGUUUGGUUAUCUUUGACAGCUCUUUUAACUCUAAGCAUGGCUCCCACGAUGUCUUUGCAAAAUUGGGUGUAUCCGUCUUCACCAAUAGACGCCAAAGUGGCCCAGCAUCCCACAACCAAUGCACCAGGCCUGGAUCCGGCCAAAGUGGGUGAUCCAUACAUCCCUCCUGUCCAUUCAGACGAGACAUAGUACUGGCACUUUCGUAAUUCGUUGGUACGGUACAUGAUAAUGGAAGAUCCCUUGGGUGCAAAACCGUACUUGUGGGUAUCACAAGAAAUGGAUGUUACUCCCGGCACCCUGAAGUCAAACAACGGAACCUUUUCAUGAACACGAGCCUUCUCCAAGAACAGGACAAUGAAAGAACCCAAACACGCAUCCACGUGUAAGGGGAUGUUGUACUUCAAUGCGAGCUUUGAUAGCCCUUCGAUGUCAUCAAUAAUUCCAUGAGGGUAAUUAGGGGCUGAUCCCACCAACAACACCGUGUUGGAGUUAAUGUGUCUUUUGACGCUCUUCAAAUUCACCUGGUAGGUCACAGGAUCCAAGUCGACCUUGUGUAACUUCAUGCCGAAGUAGUAGCAUGCCUUCUCAAUACCGGCAUGAAUGGUCAUCGGGGCAAUUACUUCAGGAGAAGUGAUUCCCUUUGCACGCUUUCCAAACUCUCUGGCGGCUAAACCUGCCAACAACAACGACUCGGUUCCUCCCGAAGUGGUGGACCCACACGAUGUUUCGGGGCCAUUGAACAUCUUCAAUACCAUUGCAACCACCUCUGCUUCCAUCUUCCGAACUCCAGGAAACACAUCUGGGUGUAAUUGGUUGGCAAUAGAAUACUUUCGGUAGGCAUCUGACUGUAAACUCAUCAACUCGCUUCCACCGUGGUACACGGCACCGCUGACUCUACCAUUUGACCAGUCUGAGUGUUUCAAAGUCUGUAAUUUAUCUAAUUCCACAAGCACUCGGGCAUCUGGCAAGCCAUUCUGAGGCAAUUGGGGAAGCUGUAGAAGCUCUUGAUCAUUCAAUAUCACCAUUUCCUCGAUUUUUGCAACCGUCUUCUGCAAUUCUUUAUCAACCUUAGACUUCACACCUGGUAAAAUUAACACAAUCAGGAAGGUAGUUCUAAGAAUCUGUGUUUUAAUAGCGCCGAGUGUUCCUAUGAUACCAUAUCCACAAACGUGCCUUUGUGCUUUACACAAAUACAAGUAUACCACGUAAAUAAACACAGAAUCACGGAGUAGAAAUGUAGGUCCCCACACUGGGUCAGAACUGUACUUGAGCUUGAACUGAGAAACCACAAACAAAAGCCACAGCCUGGCUUGAAUGCGAAGGAGAAAGAGCAAUUCACUUGUAUCGCGAGGCAUGUACGGUUGUCCAUACACCUUUGCCUUCAAGAAGUCCUUAGCGGCAUCUGGGUGGAAGUAAUUCAUGUCAGUGGAGUC